AAAUGGCGGCAUUCAGCACGCACCCCUGCUAGAGGCUCUCCCGGCACCGGGGCCACCUCGCGCAGCGCUGCUUUUGCUUCUGCCGCUAACAGAUGGCAUGUGCCGCUGUCGCUGCCCCCGCCACUGCGGCUGAGAGCGGGACCCCUUAGCCCCUAAGCUAGCGCUAGCAGCAGAAGACCCAGUCACUGUGAUUGACAAGAAAUAUUACCUUUGGAAAAGAGUUUCUGAAAAGUGCCUUUUCUGAAAACUCCUGCUUGGAUUCCACUCUAGAGCUGUCUCUUUAUAACCCCCCUCCCUACCUGUCCCUCUCCCAACCUGGUGUGCUUGUAGUUCACGCUCAGCAACGUGCCCAUUCUUUUUUCCCUUUGAUUCUCCAUUUUCACAAUCAUUUUCCCUCCUCCUGAUUUUGCAGCAAUUUUUUUUUACAGUCCUAACAUCCUUACCAAUCUUAACCAUUAAAUCCAAGAAAUAGAAAGAAAAGGUUUUCUUCCCUUGAUCUGAAACCAUUCCACAAAUUAAGGGCAGCCAGCAGCAUAUACUUUUUGCACAAAUAAUUAAAAACAUCAACCAAGGAGCACAGAAUUCUUUUGAAAUUCUGCCAGUUAUUUGAAGGAACUUAGGCAGAGAAACAAAUUAAACAGUCAAUAUCUUCACCUUUCUGGUUGCCUUCUUAGGAGUUUUAUUUUGUGAUCGGCUUUUUGUUUGACUAGACCAAAAUUUGGCUUAAAUGAAAACCUAAGUUCUAACAAAAAAUCAUUUCACCAAAGUAGCCUGUUCUCUCUUCGCAUUUAGCUUGAAAUCAUUUUUUACCUUUUAACAGCAGUAAAACUGUCCGAGACAGGGUGCCCGUGAUUUUAACAUUGCUUUCAAUAUGACGGCUGUCAAUGUCACCCUGGUCCGUGACACCAAGUGGCUGACUUUAGAAGUCUGCCGAGAAUUUCAGAGAGGAACCUGUUCUCGAGCUGAUGCAGACUGCAAGUUUGCCCAUCCGCCAGGAGUUUGCCAUGUGGAAAAUGGUCGUGUGGUGGCGUGUUUUGAUUCUUUAAAGGGUCGGUGUGCUAGAGAGAACUGCAAGUACCUUCACCCUCCUCCACACCUAAAAACGCAGCUGAAAGUUAAUGGACGGAACAAUCUGAUUCAACAGAAGACUGCCGCCGUCAUGUUCGCCCAGCAGAUGCAGUACAUGCUCCAGAACGCUCAGAUGGCACCACUUACUUCUUUUCCUGUGAAUCCACCGCUUGCAGCUAAUCCUGGCAUGGCUUUCAAUCCUUACUUCCCUCAUCCUGGGAUGGGAAUGCUUCCUGCUGAACUUUUACCAACUCCACCUGUUCUGAUUCCUGGAAACCCACCUCUCGCAUUGCCAGGAGCUGUGGGUCACAAACCGAUGCGCUCAGAUAAACUGGAGGUUUGCCGAGAAUUCCAGCGUGGAAAGUGUACCCGUGGUGAGAACGACUGCCGCUAUGCUCACCCUACAGACAGUUCCAUGAUCGAGGCAGGCGACAAUACUGUGACCAUCUGCAUGGAUUACAUCAAAGGGCGAUGCUCCCGGGAGAAAUGCAAGUACUUUCAUCCUCCUCCUCACCUGCAAGCCAAACUCAGGGCAGCGCAUCACCAGAUGAAUCAUUCAGCUGCCUCUGCAAUGGCCCUUCAGCCUGGUGCAGUUCAACUGAUACCAAAGAGAUCGGGGCUUGAAAAGACCCCUGGGGCCCCUCCGGUCUUUAACCCCAGUGUUUUCCACUGCCAGCAGGCUCUGUCUGGCCUGCAGCUCCAGCCACCGGCGUAUAUGCCUGCAGGGCCCAUAAUGUGCAUGGCACCCGCUUCUACUGUUGUGCCCAUGAUGCCCGGUGCAACACCUACCACUGUGUCUGCAGCAACAGCACCUGUCGCCAACGUUCCGUUCGCUGCAACAGCCGCAGGCAAUCAGUUGAAAUUCUGAACAACAGAGUUACGGAGUAUCAGGAUCUCUCCAUGAGAACCUCCAUAUGGCCUUUCUAUAUAUAUUCUCAUAGGUUGUCUUCUACCAACACAACAAUAAAUGUGGUGCAGUCAAUAUAUUAAACAAAAUACACCAACCAACAAAUUCAAACAAAAUAAUAAAAAAUUAAUCAAUCAGUGGAGAUGUUAAAACACAAAUAGAAAAUGAAUCACUAUCAUUUAUCUUAUCUGAAUUAUUAGGUAGAACAUGACUGUAACAUUUUGUAAUUUGUUGCAUUAUUCUUUGUGAUUUUCCAGUAACAAAUAUGCUGAGUGAAUCUCUACAGUGGACUAUUGGCUUACUGUGCAUUCUUGGUGGAUAAAUAUUCAUCUGUUUUGAAAUGUUACCUUACUGUUUUGUUUACACAAUAGUAUAUUGGGUUGAUUUACAAUGUAACAAAUGUAUCCAAUACCAUUUUCCCUACUAUUGUAUUGUAUUGUAUUGUGGUGUGGUAUGAGGUGAUGUGUUGUGUUGUGUUAGGUUUUUACAUACUAUAGUAUUUUCCUCUAGAUAUGCUGUUUGAUUUCAAGUAAAAUAUAACUAACAGGAAACGGAAAUGUCUGCGUUUGAAAAACAUGACAGUCUGUGUUUGAAAAACAUGAUUAAUAUUAAUAUGUUUUCUCUCUCUUUAGAACAUUUCUGUAGGUUUCUUGGGGCAGACUUUUAAAAGGCCUCACUUCUGAGUGUGCACAAAACCUGUUCAUAAACAUGCAUGUAUAUAAUUUGUACCUGCAGAACUGACCUUGCAUAAUACAAUCACGUGGCUAGGUUUUUUGUGAGAGAGAAAUGAUUACCUGCAAA